AUGUAUAAUCUCGUCGUCUAUGGCCGUGAACAUUGCUGCUUAGUAUAUCUUGACGAUAUAAUAAUCUUUGGUGAGACAUUUAAGGAUCAUACGAAGCUUCUGGAUGAAAUUCUUAGUAUCCUCGAUAAAGAUCGAUUUCAAUUAAAUCCUAGCAAAUGUUCAAUUAUGAGAACCAAAAUUGAAUAUCUCGGACAUUCAAUUGAUAAAUAUGAGAUCGCUUCACUUUAUGAUAAUAUUAAAGCAAUACGAGAAUUACCAAUACCUGAUCAUCCAACAUUAAAACAAGUUAAUGAAUUUAUAGGUGGAAUCGGAUUUUAUAGAAAGUUUAUUAAAGAUUUUUCAAAGAUUGCGGCUCCUAUCCAUCGUGUAACAAAUCUGACCAAGCACAACAAACACAAAUUUAAAUGGGGCGAAGAACAAAGACAAGCUGUCCAACAAUUGAAACAGAUUAUUACUGGACCAGAUUUAGUACUUGAAUUUCCUGAUCCAAAACUACCUUAUGUUCUUUCUACUGAUGCGUCAAGAAUUGGACUCGGUGCGGUGUUAAAACAAAUAACUGAAAAUGGACGAAUAAAAAUAAUUUAUUACUUAUCACGGGUAUUAACAAAUACUGAAUUAAGAUAUUCUACGACUGAAUUAGAAGCAUUGGUCAUUGUCUGGGCUAUAACAAAAUUACGUCCAUAUUUACUUGGUAAAGAUUUUAGAAUUGAAACUGAUUAUUGUCCACUAUGUCAAUUUCAUAAAAAACGAUCACGUAAUGGACGUCUCGAUCGAUGGGCAAUUGAAAUAUUAUCCGAAUACAACAUUGCUGAAAUUAAAUAUAAAAAAGAAAAAUGCCAUUGUGAUGCAAAUUUACUUUCCCGUUAUUCACUACAAAGUAAUCAAAGUUAUUGUAAUGACAUUAGUAUAAGAAAACAACAUGAAGGUUAUUUAUUCCCAUACUCAGAUGAAUUAUAUGAUAAUGACUCAGGUAUUCAACCAACAGCAUCAAUUCAUGUGAUUACACGUUCAGCAGCUCGAGCUAAUAAUAACCAACAAGAUAAUGGAGUAAAAUUAACAAGUGUUUAUAAUACUCGUCUAAGAACUACACAACUAUAA